CAAGGUGGGGAACUUGACUAUUGACGUCAAAGUCUACGUGGGACGGUGGCCCUUUGACAUUUAAAUUUCUAACCCUAUUGUUUUUGAAUUUUAUUUUUGUUUUUCUAAUGGUUGCAAGCAGGAAUUUUGUAUAUUUGAAAACUCAAAAUGGCUUGGUUGCAAAAUUUAGCUGGCCAUGCUGAAAAUUUACUUAAUAAAAUUGAUCAGAAUGCUGCAACUGUGUUAAGUGAUGGUACAAAUAAAUUAAUAACUGGUGAUAUAGAACAAGGACAAAACUUUAGUGAGAUUCAAACGUUUUCGAGUAUGAAACGAUCCAAAUCCAGCAAUGUGUCUUUAAAUAAGAUAAUGUCUAAUUCACCAAUCCAAGACAUGUUUGCUAGUGAACACAGUGCAGAAAGGAAAGGCGAAGCUAUUUUUACUGCGAAUUCUGACAACGAGAAAUCAUAUAAUGGAAGUUUAGUGGAUGAAUAUUUUCUUGACAAAUCCCAAAAAAGUUCUACUUCAUCUAGUUCUAGUUCAAUACACAAUAGCUUCAGUGUUAGUCAAGAACUUGAUUUAUUGCAAUCAAAACUAACAAAACUAGAGAUGGAGAACCAGGAUAUUAACAGACAAUUACUCAAUAUGCAACAUUUGUAUUCUGAGAUGAGAAAUGAAAAUUCAAACUUGCAGUUUCAGCUGGACCGUACUAAUGAACAAUUGACAUUAGCUCAACAAGAAAAGGACCAAUAUGUUGCCAGGGCUCAAAGAAUUUUACAAGAAAAAGAAAAGCUGAUUGCUGUCAAAGAUACUAAUGAUAUAAAGGAUGAAAAUAUUCUAACAACAUACAAUGAUGAGUUAAAUUGUUCUUUAAGAAAUGAAUUGGAAUUUCAUCAACAAAAAGUUAAGGAUUUAACUGAAAAAAAUGCAAAAUUGAUAAAUGAUAAUCAGUCACUUCAGAUUCAACAUCAAGUAAUACAGAAAGGACUACAGCAAUCCAAUCAGCUAUUGGAGGAAAGUCUCUCAAAUGAGAAGAGGUAUCGGUGUAUUGCUGAAGAGGAUUAUGCACACAAGUUCAAGGAACUUCACAUGAGGAAUCAAGAAUUGCUUCAAACUCAGGAACUUCUCAGGAUGAAAAAUGAAGAAAUAGUUCAGUUGAGAACAGCAUUAAAGCAAAUGGGUGAAUCAACUACUAAUGAUGAGUUUGAGAAUCGAAUCAAAUCUUUAACUCAAACUCUUAUGAUGAAACAAAAUACGCUGGAGACUAUAACUACUGAGAGAAAUGCGCUCACUUUGCAACUUGAGAAACUUGAAGCUGAGUACAGGAAGACUCUUGCACAGAUGAAAAGAGAUCAAGUAAAAGUGAUUGAAGUUCAAGAUGUAAAUGAAGAAAGAAUCACUAUUCCUCAUUUUUUAAGAGUUUCACCUCAUGAUGCAGGGGUGACACGCAGGGUAAAAAGAGCUUACUCCACUCUUGACUCAAUAAGUCUUAGAACAGGCAUUUUUUUGAGACGUUAUCCUAUAGCAAGGAUUUUUAUGUUAUCAUAUAUGGUUGUGUUACACGUUUGGGUGCUCAUUGUGUUACUUUGGUAUUUACCAUCUAACUGAUAAAAUAUGCCAAAUAAUUUAAUUUGUCAAUAAAAACCUAUUUUAAUAGUUU